CCAAUGGCAUUAUCAUCAGGGGUUUGUUCCAUCAUCACCUUCUCCUGUGGUGUGAUAUCAUUGAUGAUCAGCAUGGACGAAGCUUUGCACGAUGAAUGCCAGGCAUGAUCCUUUCCACCACCAGGCUGAACGCACUGCAUGUAGUUUGACAUCGUUCUUCGUAUCCUGCCUCCUCCUCCCUGCAGUUCUUCUUCAGGUGUGUGUGUCCUCUCUCCUGCAGAAACCAGGCAUGGACCUGGCCGACACCUACAUCACCUUCAUCCGGCAGAACCAGGACAUCCUGCGGGACCGCGUCAACGACGAGCUGUACACCGAGAAGGUGUUCGAGCAAUGGUACAGCAGCUCUGUGAAGUUGGUGUGUGUUUGGCUGACGGACAGAAUGGACCUGCAGCUGCACGUCUACCAGCUGAAAACACUCAUCAAGAUCGUUAAGACGUACCGUGACUUCCGGCUGCAGGGCGUUCUGGACGUCUCGCUGAACAACAAGAGCUACGAGACCGUCUACAACCGUUUGACGGUGGAGGAGGCGACCGCCGCCGUGAAGUCUGGAGACGGCCUGCAGGGGAUCAGCAUGAGAGACAGCGACCAGGAGGACGACUGAACACACACACACACACACACACACACACACACACACACACACACACACACACACACACACACACACACACUUCAUACCGUCACACACACAUCCUCUCUCUGAAGGACCAGGACCUUCCAUCACACUGAGUUAUGUUCUAGAUCAGGGGGGUCCAAACUUGUAUCACUGAGGUCCACAUAAUAAUAAGAAUAAUAUAAUAAUAAACUGUAUUUGUAUAUAACCUUUCAGAAUCAGAAUACCUUUAUUAGUCCCACAGAGGGUACAUGUACAUUGUUACAGCAGAAAAGAGCCAAAGACAGCUUAAUGUUACCUAAGAAACAAAAUACACAUCUGUAAAAGUUCUGAGGAUUUAUCAGCCAGGUAUAUAUUGCACAGUAGUUAACGGUAUAUAUAUAUAUAUAUAUAUAUAUAUAUUGCACAUAGUUGGUAUUUAACAACAAGGGGUGUUAUAGUCUUUCAUGCACAAAGCAGCUCAACGUUCUUUACAGAACAAGAAGAAAUCAUUCAGUUCAAUUCAAAGGUUGUAUUGUCAUGUGCACAAAGCUGCAGGGUAGAGAUGGCAAUGACAUGCUUCUGACCUGAGCUCCUCCCACAAUGCAACAUAUAUAUGAUAAAGUACAAAAUAACAAGUUGUGGAAAAAGUCUAUAUACACGUAAAUAGAGUAUGAUAUGUACGAGAACAGAAUAUGAAAUAUACAUAACAACAGAAAUAAAAAGAUAAUGGUAAUAAAAAUGCCAUAAUUCUAAUAAAGGUUAAAGAAAUACUAGAUUAUACUCAGGCUGUAGUUUGGACACCCCUGUUGUAGAUGAAGAAGUGUGAAGCAAAGUCAUCGUGGCUGAACGUCCUAGUAAAAAAAAACCUCUUGCUCAUUGCCUUGAAAUUGCUGAGAAUGUACAGGAAGUCAAAAAGAGGCGUGGCUUCUGACGGACCAAUCCCUGUCCUGUCCUCCCUCGCUCACUCACCUGCAGGACAGGAAGCCCCGCCCCCUUCAACACGCAGCCAUACUCUAAUUGAUGUCAAUUUGUACAGCGAUGGCCAUCAGUGCAUUUUCUUCCUGUUGUUUCUUUUCCAUCGUCAUGGUCGUAGCUUAUUGUUCAAAAACACUCCGACAGUUCUUGGUGACUUCGCCGCCUUUUAACGAUGUUUUUAAUCUACAGCAACGGCAGCAACAAUCGACUAAAGAGAUUAAGGAAGCUUGGAUUUGUAAGUUUCUGUUUCAAUCAAUAACUCUUUCCUUGUCUCUUUAAAGUAGAGACACUACAUACUGAUACACACCUGAACAUCAGCAGGAGAGGACUCUUUAAAGUAGAGACACUACAUACUGAUAUACACCUGAACAUCAGCAGGAGAGGACUCUUUAAAGUAGAGACACUACAUACUGAUAUACACCUGAACAUCAGCAGGAGAGGACUC